AUGCGAUCACAUUGGCAAAAAUCAAGUCAUUGUGUUGCCCUCCCUCGGUCGAGUCAGAGACGCUCCAAAAUGCAGCAUCUAAUUCUACCCAUUAUCCUGGCAUCCGUCUGGACAAUCUGCACAGGAGCAGGUGAUUGGUGCUACCAGUCCCAGUUCACCUGUGAUCACAAGUGCAACGCACCAGAGAAGUGGGACCAUGCCAAUGGUGCAUGUGCAGGAAGAGCCCAAUCGCCAAUCAACAUCAUCACCAGAAAGACUCGGAGGGACGAGCGUCUGACUCCUUUCCAGUUCAGCAACUACCAGCACGCUUUCAAAAGCACAAUAGAGAACAACGGCCACUCCGUUCAGGUCCCAGUGACCCAUCUGGCCACCAUCUCGGGCGGAGACCUGACUACAGAAUACAAGGCUGUGCAGUUCCACCUGCACUGGGGCAAGAAUGGUGGACCAGGCUCCGAACACACCAUUGACGGGGAGCAAUUCCCAAUGGAGCUGCACAUUGUUCACAUGAAAGAAAGGUACACCAAUCUGUCGGUGGCACUAUCAGACCCAUACGGAGUUGCAGUCCUUGGGUUUUUCUACGAGGAGUCCAAAAGCACUAACAAGAAGUAUGAGCCUAUCAUCAACGCCCUGCGAAGCGUCAGGACCCCAAAGGGAAGCACUUCUCUGCCUGCCAUCUCCUUGGGGCAGCUGAUCCCAGCCCCGCAGAAUCUGACCAACUACUACCGCUACAAGGGCUCCCUCACCACCCCAGGCUGCACCGAGUCUGUGGUUUGGACGGUGUUUGAGAACACCAUUCCUCUAAGCAGAGAACAGCUGCGGGCAUUUUCUGAACUCCAGUUCCAGGAUGGCAAGCAGAUGGUUGACACCUUCAGGCCGGUGCAGCCCCUGAAUGGACGGCUGGUGUACAGGUCGGGAGGCGCUGCGGUCUUGGCCAGUGCUGCCCUCCUUGUGAUGUCUGUGGCCAUGGCCUUGGGACUGUCCCAGCCCAACUAGAGGACGGCAUCCCAUGCUGCACUGCAACAUCCAUGAACACAAGAAGUUCUACACUACUCUUUAAACUGAACCCUGGUUUGUAAACAUGUCCAUCGCAUGGUUGCUACAAUAACUGACGACACAGUAGUGCAGACGUGAUCGACCCAGAGAUCCUCCCUCCCUUAUGACACAAAUGACAAAGGCGUUCGCUGAAUGCCUUAUGAAAGAUGCCAUAAGGCUUGGAUCAGCAUUCAUGCAUGUGUAGUGAAGCUGUUAUGUAGGUCUUCCUCCAGCAUUAUGAAUGUGCCAUAAAGCAGGUUCAAGUGUUGCCAAGCACUCAUAGUUACAACACAUCAGACUCAACACCAGUUCUGUCUGCUGUGCCCUAACCCGUCACAGCAUCAGCCAAUAAAUACCAGCACACACUUAUAUAGCACCACACAGGGCCACAUACACACUUUAGACCUCAUCCACCUUUGUCCAAUGUCAGGUAAAUUUAGUCUCUGGUAGUGACAACAUCAGCGUGCAGCACCAUGAUAAGGUUUCCGUUUGGAGUGCCGAUGUCAGCCCUGUGACCCGGCAUGUGCUGUGUUGCUCUGUAUGGGACAUGUGAAUGGCAUGGAGCUAUUAAUAGUAGAACUGAGUCAUAAAAAAUACACUUUUUGAAGCCAGAGGUCAAAGGAGUCAGCACUUUGGCUUUUCUUUUCCAUCAGGUGAACAUUCACGGCCACUUGGUCAGCAGUUAGUUUAGGAAAGGGUGGGGGGUGAGGUUGGUAGGAUGAGGUCUUGCCUUUUCUCCAGGCGGAUCCUGUCAGUUCAGGGAGCAUCAGAAAAACCAUGAUGAACAACUUUACAUGCUGUUCUGAGCACGAGGCGGCAGUUUCCCUGCUUCCACAGACAGAGUCUACGAUGAUGACGAUGCAGAGAUGGGUUGUGGAGUUUUGUUUUGUUUUGUUUUGUUUUGUUUUUUGCUGUAGCUCCUCUCCCUCCUGAUCUGAUAGUAGUGACAGGUGGAUUUUAGGGGGUGAGGGUGGGGUCUGCAGUGUGGGGAGACAGAAUAGGACACAGCAACACUAAUCAUCAUAAUCAUCAAUGAGCAGAAAAAAUAUAAAUUUUAUGAUUUCAUGCAUCUCAAAUGGUAAAGUUGCAUGGAUGAGCAUGUCCCGUGUCUUGAUGUUCCAGACUUUAAGAAGUUAACACGGACCGAAGCUGUACAAAAAACAAAACCGUGCUUGCCAACUGUGUUCACACACCUCAGUUACUCCAUGAUCGUUUUCCCAUUUUGACCUGUGAAGUUCUCCGAGCUUAUCUGGAGAGCAUGUGACUUGUGUUCAUGGCUUGUAUUACAGGGUCUCGGAUGCACUGAAUGUUAUCUACUGUGAAUUACACCCGAUUGAGUUCUCAUCCAUUUAUUCAGAGGACUUGUUAUGUAUUCUGUAAGUCAGAGAUCUGUGCAAUUCUCUUGUAAGAAAGUCAAGAUUUAUUGUGACAAUUGAACAAGGAAUAUGUCUAUUUUCCAUUGUAUCAUAAUGCAUCAAGUUAUAUUUCCAUGCUGGUGUCAUUUGUACACAUGUAUUUAUGUACUGAAUGUGUAAUUGAUAUGGGGAUGCACAGUCAAUGUUAUUUAUGUAUUUCAAAGUUUAUAUAGUGCUGAGUAAAUAAGGGAGCAAAUCCAUAUAAGAAUCAAGUUGUUUAUGACCAAUCGACUUUACUCAUCAUAUAUAAAAUGUAUGAGAUUGUCUGAUUCAUUUGGUUGUAAUGGUUGAAAGUGUGAUAUGGAGAAUGUGUUACAAAUGAAUAAUAAACUAUUGACAUGCCUUUUUAUAUGA